AUUCAAUCUUUCUGUUCCUUCAACUAUCUCAUCACAAAUACAGAACAAUGACAGCGCUACGCUGGCUUAAGAAGUGCCUGCUAUGGUGGCUACCAGGCCGAAACCCCAAACAUGAUCGAUCCAUCGCCAACAUGGCGUAAUCCCGUCUCUGCCAAAUGCCUACGGAACUCAUCUUGCUUAUUGGUGGCCACAUGUCAGAAGCCGACUAUCUAAGCCUUGAAGCAUCAUGUCGCCACUUUCGUUAUAUGCUUCAAGGCGAAACAAAGAAAGGCUUCCAUCUUUUGGACCGGCGAAAAGAAAUGCUUCGCCGAAUAAAAAGACAUAUCUGUUGUCAGGCCGCGCACGAGGAAUUGGAAGUAUUGAAAGGACACAGAACAACCAGCAGCUUAUUGUCACUCGGAAAACUGUUCUGCAGCUACUGUACAUCUCCUCACCCGGUUCAUCUUUUCAAGCCAGACGCGAUUUUGGAGUCAUUAGUCACCCGUGUUUGUCGGGGAGCAGCAGGCGUCAUAUGGGUCUGCAAGCAUCGCCAAAUGACAUUCACUGAAGUCAAAAACGCUAUACCGAGGUCCAAAGCAUAUGCAGUGUACCUGUGUCUUCAUCCGGAUCAUUACAGAGAUUUCGAUCACCCGUAUCUAUUCGACGAGUACAGCUACAUACGUAAUACAAGGGCAGACGAGAAGUGGUUCCUCCAUAAUAACUCUGUUCGUUUCAAGACGCAACCUUGGGGCGUCUUCGAUACUGCGCCAUUGCGCUUGGGUGUAUCCAAGAUCAAUACUCAUCUCUGUCCGCAUCUACGAUGCUCUGAUAAAGCCUUCUUCGACCUCAUGUUUGCGCCGAUACGACGCAGUAUCUGGGCCUGGCCGUAUUUAGAUACCUGGUCGAUAUUCUGGUGCCCGCAUAAGAACUGCUAUACUCGAUUCUUCUUCAUGCAUUUGGAUCAUCCACAACCUUCGCUGCAAGUGCAACUAGCAUUAGGGAACGUUCUGGACCCAACGGCACAGGAAUGGUUGAGCCAUGUGCAAGACAAGACGUAUUAGUAUAGAGUAUUCAUGGUUCUCCUACAGAGGAAAGAGAACCAUUCGCUUGUUGGUUUAGUUGCUUAAAAGGAUAUGGGACCUCUGUCGAACGAGCUCCUUCCUUCUGGAAGAGUUAGACCCGAGUUGAAAUUACAGCAAUUUUCAUAGUUCUUGCUGAAC